CUCUGCGCCACUUUCCACAACCACCAUGACAGCCGCAGGAGCUUCACUCAUCGCAUACAUACUAACCUCCUUAAUUAUUCUGUCAACCUACUUCUUCUUUCCACAUUCACUAUCAAAAUACCAGUACACAACAACGCCGACGUAUCUUCGUCCAAUAUCAACCCUUCUGGUCCUUUGUCAUACACUGUUUAUCCUGUAUGAGCUCCUCCUGGACCCUCCAACAAAUCUUUUCACCGGGUUAGAUGUGCCUUUAUCAUAUCCUGCGGAUUCGAUACGCAGUUUAUUAUUGAUGUUCUCAGAUGAUCCUGCUGGUGGUCUUCCCAGUAAAAUCGAGAGAGUUCUAACGAGAUUAGAGUCUGCAGCGAUGAGGUUACUAUAUGUCAGAUUCGGACACGAUGCGAUUGCUACAUGUGAAUUCUGUAUUUCCUGGGACGAUUUUUCGCUCUAUGUUCUUCCUAGUGCACUUUGGGACUACCUACGCGAAGUCUUCAUAGUGGGCGCUUUGACGCUAAGAGGGACACGUCAUGCUCAGCAUCGUUCCUUUAGCGUAGGUGUGCUUGUGGCUGCGGCAAUGUUUGAGGCGUAUUUCACGUUGACAGCUAAAGUGAGCAUCCCAAAGGACUUCGAAGACCCAAAUAGCGCCUGGCGGAAUAUAAAAAGGCUAUAUGGUGGUUACGGUGUGGUCAUGUGGCACGACGUUUUGCUGCUGGCCCGUAGAAUUGUCUUCCUUGUUCUUCCGAUCGCAGUACACUUUGUACUCAAACCGUCUCCUCUUCCUCUGUCGUCAACUGUGCUAUCAAACACCGUACCACAAGGCGGUACUGCCCCAGUGCCUCCCGAAGCACUGGCCUUUCACACGCUUCAGUCCUUGACAACAAAACUGCAGCUUCUACGGCUAACGCGAGGUGCUAUACCACGCAAUCCAACUUUACGUGCCGCCGCAGAAAGCUACUGGGCAGCAGAACGACAGGAGGGCGAGUGCAUACGCGCUGAUGAGGAUGUGCAGGAUAUGGCGCGCCGUUUGGGGCUUGGGUUUGACGAGUCAUCCAAGAGCGGUACAGGGGAUGUAACAUCUGAGGGACCGCUACUUAAGCAGGUCAAAGCCGCAGUACAGAAGCUGAUCAAUCAAGGUUAUGUUCCCAGUCCGUUUUGGAAGCCAUCUCCGCCUCAAUCACCAGGGGGUUCUUAGAUUUCUCUUGUUUUGAAAAGAUCGGGAAAUAUGUUGAUGAGAGUCGGAUGUUCUCCGUACACUUUCCUGCUCUAUUUGAAUUCAUUUGGAUAAAAUCAUCAAUCAUCAAUUUAUUUACUUGGUACAGACUACUGGUCGUGCAUCCGCCGAUGCAAGGAGAUGGAAAUGUGGACGACCUUCUGGGAAAUCGACGGAAUCUUGUAGGAUUUAUACAAGGAAAGCGAUGGAAAAUACAUGUUGUCAAGAGUGGACCUAUCGCUUCCCCCCAGCGAUUGACUAGCACAUACAGUAUAUCAUAGAAUACAUAGUUUAUCGAGGUCACCACAUUUUAUAACUCUCGGGUUCAGUGCUACGAAACCCUAGUAGUGCAGUA